AUGAGCAAGUCAGCAGGCUGCUGCAAGAGAUUCCUGCACUAUGCUUUUGACUACGAAACACCAAAAACGCUGGUUAUUCCCAGCUUAGGUGUAGGAUUUGUGUUCAGGUUCACCCAAUUCUUGGUGGUGAUGUAUGUGGUUGGGUAUGUGUGUGUGGUGCAGAAGGCCUACCAGGAUACAGAUACUGUCAUCAGCACCGUCACCACGAAAGUGAAAGGUUUCGCUUUCACCAACACAUCUGACACGGAGCCUCGUUUUUGGGAUGUGGCUGAUUACAUUAUCCCUCCUCAGAGUGAUCAUUCAUUCUUUGUGCUGACGAAUAUGGUUGUGACCCCAAAACAAGUGCAGUCACAUUGUCCCGAGCUUCCAAGCCCAUCAACUACUUGUGUGGAUGACUGCAACUGUGUCGAGGGACGCAGUGAUCCCCGGGGCAACGGUAUACAGACGGGACUGUGUGAGAACUACUCCACCACUGCACGGACCUGUGAAGUGCUCUCAUGGUGCCCACUUGAAAUAGACACUAAGCUGCCUGAGCAUGCGCUGCUGGUUGCAGCAGAAAACUUCACCGUGUUGAUCAAAAACAGCAUCACGUACCCAAAGUUCAACUUUCACAGAAGAAACAUACUGCCUCAUGUGAACUCCUCAUACCUGAAGAGGUGUGAAUUCAGCCGUCUCACAGACCCACACUGUCCCAUAUUCAGACUCAAGCAUAUUGUCUCAGAGGCUGGGGAGGAUUUUCAAGACAUGGCUGUGAAGGGGGGUGUCCUUGGUAUUCUUAUUGACUGGAGCUGUGAUUUGGACUGGUGGGCAGGGGAGUGUUUACCUAAAUACAGCUUCCGGAGGCUGGACAACAAACAUCCUGUCAACAAUGUGGCCCCUGGUUACAACUUUAGAUUUGCUAAAUACUACAAGGCAGCAGAUGGAGAGGAAACCAGAACGUUAAUCAAAGCUUACGGGAUCCGCUUCGACGUCAUUGUGUUUGGAACUGCAGGAAGAUUUUCCAUCGUUCCAACCAUAGUGAACUUGGGUGCAGCCUUGUCAUUCCUCAGUUUGGUGCCCGUGGUUGCUGACUGGUUUUUGGUGACUUGCUCAAGGAAACGAGAUCUUUACAGCAGACACAAAACAACACAUCUCACUGAAGAUGCAGACAGUGCAUCGGUGUCAAUGGGGACCACCUAUGGAACCCAGUAGCAGGAACAACAUUUUUCUACAGAGAAAUUGGAACCCUCAUGAAACGAGACGUUAAAACAUCAUUUGAAUAUUUCACUAAAACCAUUAAAAUGUGAUAAUAGAAAGAAGGAGGAUAAACAAU